AUGUGCGAUACUAGUGGCAUUGAUUUAGGAGUUGUGUUGGGGCAGAAGCGCAAAAAGACGUUAAAUAAGGUUUACUAUACUAGUAAGUCAGUAAGUGGAGCACAACAAAACUUUGCAGUUACUGAGCAGGAAAUACUUGCGAUGGUGUAUGCUUUUGAGAAAUUAAGAGCUUACUUUCUGUGCACUACAGUGAUAGUCCAUACGGAUAAUGUAUUCAGUGCGCUUCCUGCCAAAUAUGGGAUUAAACUGUACAAAGUUGCAACACCCUAUCACCCGCAAACAACUGGCAAAGUAGAGGUGUCCAAUAGAGAGAUCAAGGCAAUUUUUGCUAAGACAGUGAAUGUCAAUAGGACAGAUUGUGCAAGAAAGUUAGUUGAUACUCUAUGGGCAUAUGAUAAAGAUUUUAAUACGCCUAUUGGUAUGUCUUCAUAUCAAUUGGUAUUUGGAGAGGAAUGUCAUUUGCCGAUUGAGCUUGAGCUUGAGCAUAAAGCACUCUGGGCUUUGAAGAACCUUAGUUGGAGUGAAACAUCAAUCCUUAGACUUAAUCAGAUCAAUGAGAUGGUUGAGUUCCUGUUGAGAGCAUAUGAGAGGUUAAUAUUCUACAAACAGAGGAUGAAGUUAUACCAUGACAAACAUAUUGAGAAGAGAACCUUUACUGCUGGUGACUUUGUGUUACUUAACAAUUAUAGACUUCAUUUGUUUCUUGGGAAACUGAGAUCCAUAUGGUCUGGGACUUUUAAAGUAACUCAGGUGUUCCAUUUGAGUGCAAUUGAGAUUGAAAAUGAUAAGGGUGUGAGGUUCAAAUUCAAUGGUUAA